UCUUCCUCCUCCUGGGCCCGGGCCUCCCCAUGGGGCUGCUGUUCGCCAAGCUGUGGAACCUCUUCUGUAAUCAAGAACACAAAGUGAUUGUCGUGGGCUUGGAUAAUGCAGGGAAGACCACCAUCCUCUAUCAGUUCCUAAUGAAUGAAGUGGUCCAUACGUCCCCAACGAUAGGGAGCAACGUCGAAGAAAUCGUAGUAAAAAACACUCAUUUUCUCAUGUGGGAUAUCGGCGGGCAGGAAUCGUUGCGGUCGUCGUGGAAUACCUAUUACUCCAACACGGAGUUCAUCAUUCUCGUGGUUGACAGCAUUGACAGGGAGCGAUUGUCCAUCACACGAGAAGAGCUGUACAGAAUGCUGGCCCACGAGGAUUUACGGAAGGCCGCCGUGCUCAUCUUUGCUAAUAAGCAGGACAUGAAGGGUUGUAUGUCAGCGGCCGAGAUCUCCAAGUCCCUCACCCUGAGUUCAAUAAAGGACCACCCGUGGCACAUUCAGUCGUGCUGCGCGCUAACAGGAGAAGGUUUAUGCCAGGGUCUCGAGUGGAUGGCUUCCCGGAUUGACGUGAGAUAACCUUUGGGUCAAAGAAGGACUGCUUCUAUUUAUUCUGUGACCGUGGACAUUUCCCUGAAAUCUCAGGCUGCAAGGGCAGCCGGCGCACGUUUUUAUUUAUAACAACUCAAACCUCUACGAGCGACACUUGAAUCAAGUGCAGCCAAACCGGAACAUCAAAGAUUUUUUCAAAACUUUUUUUUUAAAAAUGUAUUCAUCCUCAUUUGGAUGAACCUAUCUUGUUUUGGCAACGAAGCUCUCCUGACCACGUACGUAGUCUGCUUCUCACAGUUGUUGCCUUCCGAGGAACGUUUAUCAUGAUGUUUCCUGGUUUCUUUUUGUAACGUUGCAAAGAGGGGUUCGACCGAAACCCCAGUCCCUCGCUUUUCCCUGAGGCGUGGAUAAGGGACUGAGGACCACCAGCUACUGCUUCUGGAGUUUUCCGGAUCUGGAGGCCUACUUCUUUCCUCAGCCCAUCUGCCGUCCGGGGAAGAUAUCGUGGGUCUGGGGAGGCUGAGGGUGCCGACUGAUGCCGUUUUUUGAAGAAUUGAAUUCCCCGUGUGGUUGGAGGGCUUAAAGCCGGUUAUCUCGGUGUCGGGUUGCCUUUGCUUUAUCGUGGCAUUGUUCAUUCGGGAACUUUGCGACUCGUGGGGCAGGUGAAAUGCCCAAGCGCAUUCGUGAUUAGCUUUCGAAACACCGAAGCGGGAGAAGCCCAUUUGCCUUCCUCUGUCUGAGUCCCAAGGAAGUCAGGCUAGGGGAUAUCGGAAUUCAGUGCCGUGUGAUCCGGCUGGGCAGGUUCACGGGCGGAGCUUGGAAAAAGCACGGGCGCGGGAGUGGCACUGGAAAGGAAACCAAGCGACCAAAGACGUCUCUCGGAAGCGACCGCGCAGACCAAGCAUAAACUCAGAGCGGUCCCCUUUCGUAGAAGAAACGGGUCGGCACCGACCGCCGACCAAGCCCGGUAUCCUUAGGUGGAAUCUGGAGGAGAGAACGAGGUCCGUCUUCAUUUGAAAUGCGUUUCCAGAGAGCGGCUUCUAUCUCCAAGAUGACUGCCCCGUCCAGUGUUUCGUUCGGCGAAGAGAAUCGUGCAUGCAGAGUUUCCAGGGAGCGUUUAUUACCUCUUCGGGAAAUGCGACAGAAACAUUUUGCCGAGACGAAAGCCCCUUAGUACCAAGAUGGGUCAGUUCAGACCCCGAGGUAGGCUAGAAAGGAUGGGAUCGGAAGAGCUGCGCCAGGCUUUUACGUCAGUAUUCGUUUUUAUUCGGUUCAAAAAUGGGAGACAGUAUUGUUUCCAUCAGAUGAUGGAAAUUGUUCCUUGAUGACAGCCUUUUAUUCGAUAACCGUAUCCUGUGUAAAUUUGAGUCGACGAUGUUUCGGUUUUAUUAUUUAGCCAGGACACGGUUUUAUUUAGUUACAGGCUCUAUGAAGCGCCAGUGGUAUCGGUCUCCUUUCAGAGGCCAAGUCCGCCGGAAUCUCAAACCAGUUAGGCACCUGCCUUUGCUUUCCAUCAGGAAUUGGCUUUUUGGAACCUCUUUUCCUAAGGAUUCUGUGCUAAGUAGAGGGGAUAAGAUUUUUCUAGCCUAAUGGAUAAUCAAGAAACGGCGAGACAUGCCUGAAUCGUUCUGCAUACUUCUGGUGCGAAGGAAGUUUGUAAAAACACCAUUUCAGCAAAAGCACAUCUCUCCCGAGGUUAUUUUCUACCUCGCUUAGACGAUUUUACCGUCAGUGAAUCUGUAUGUCUAGCGGAGGGGAGUCGUUAGCCUUUUCUAAAACGAAAGCCCUCACUAUUCCUUCAUUUAUCCUGAACCGAGAAGUUUGACAUCUUUCUGGCUGACAGACGGUUUUACCUAAUCUCCUUUGAAGUUUGCAUUUGAAAUAUCACCUGUCCGACACUAAGCUCCUUUUUAUAUUAACAGCGAUCUAGUAAAAUGUUUUAAAUAGUUGAUUGUAUUUUGACAAACUAGAUUACCCUUGUAGAUUGGAAUCUUCUCGGUCUGAGUUGACGUUCCACGUCACGUUUGAAAAAGAAAAUGCCUGGUCUAAUUGAAGCCUGGAGGUCUGGUUUCAUUUUAGCCCUGGGUUGAGGAUUCACAGCUAAUCUUUGUACGUAUUUUGCGCAUUAAGUUCAUUGUCGACGGCCACAAAACCAAUUUGAAAAAGCAGUUCAUCCUUUACUCCCAAGAGAAUACUUCCUCACCUGCAGAUCCGACACUGAGGUAUGCCCCCCUUCCCCAAGCUGUUUUUAUCUAUAGCAACGUUGAAUAUGAGCCACUGGCUCAUGGAAAAUGUAAGUUCAUCAUUGUAGAGUGCCUUGAUUAAUAUGUAAAUCGAAUGGGUGUUUUAAGCAAAUGGCAAAUGUACCAGUACUCUCGAUUCAUCCCAGCCCCAUAAUCAUCGGGUGGCAGAUCUUCGAAGAAUAGGCGAUGAUUUUCUUUGCGUCAUGGCCUUCCUGUUUAUUUGUGCCCAGAAGAACUAUUUCUGCCCCGUGUCUUUGUGUUUUGUAUUGUUCUUUCGCAGGAUUCCUUUGUUCCCGCAAACAGCCAGGAGACAAUCUGUUCACUGGGGAAAUGGACAGGCUCACCUUUCCUCUCCCUUUCCCCCUCCCCUUCACCCCCAUUACCAAAAAAAAAGUUCUCUCUUUGAA